AUGGCUACACCUGCAGCUGGGUCACCAGGCUCUCCUACGAAUGCCAUCACACCAUCACCAAGGUGGUGUAUGAAUAAAAUGCCGUUUCGUAAAAAUAAAUGGGACCGUCCAAAGCGGUAUUACAGAGAUUUGAUAGAAAAAAAGAAAUUAAAACAACAACAGUCUUCUGGUAUUCCUACUGUCACAAAAUAUAAGAUCCAGGAGAGUGAUGACAACAGAGAACCAGUUCUGCUUAGCUUCAGCUAUUUGCAGCAGCAUGUCAAUAACAUCACGUUACCAUCUGGUUGGUCACUUCUGAGUUCCGCAACAGAAUUUCGAUUCAGUCAAGUGGAAUUUAUUGGCGAUGUGUCAAAAAUAGUGAGGUGUGUUAUGGUAGGAGAAGACUUGAACUGGCGUGUAAAAGUUCAUGGAAGAGAUCUAUUGAACAGUCACUACAUUUUUAAUAACAUUCCACCAACAGUUACUGACUUUGAAGUAUUGAACAAACUUAUCACAGUUAUAAGUCAGUGUAAUAUAUGCAUGGGUAAUACAGACCCAUCAUUUAUAGAGUUGCUGCUGAGUCGAGGUGGGGAGAUUGUGAAGGCUUUUUCAUUUUCUUGUGAAAAAGAUGUGUCUGCAUAUAUUGAAGAGGAUUUGCAUGCCAAAGCAAAAGAUGGGAAAGUCUACCACUCAACUAUACGGACAACUGAUUGUCUACUCAUUGCCGAUAAAAUAAGAUGUACUAAGUGUUCCUCAUAUCGCAACAACCUCAGAUCUUUGUUGUCAAGAAGAAAGAGCCAAGACCAAGUAUGUAAAAUUCAAACAGGCAGUAGAGUUAACCUUCGAUAUCUUGACAAAGUACAGUUAAAAGAAAGGGCUGUAAAUUUACAGAAAGAAAAGAUUGCACUGAAAAGGACAUUGGAUAGAACUGUAAAGCGAUUGAUAAGUGAUGAUGGUGUUUUUGUUGAAAAAUCAUUGCAGAGUGAUUUCAAAUCAAUAAUGGAAGACAACUGUGGUGAAGUGAUUAAAUGCUUUCCAGAGGACAGUUUCCAACGCUUAUUCUGGGAAGAGCAGUUAAAACAUGCAAGAUGUGCUGACAGUCGUCAGAUGCGUUGGCAUCCAACUAUUAUUCGUUGGUGUUUAUUUCUGAGGUUUAAGUCAUCAACAGCAUAUGAAGCACUGAAGAACUCUGGAUUUGUAAAGUUGCCAAGUCAGAGAACAUUAAGAGAUUAUUCCAACUACAUAAAGCCUGAACCAGGUAUCAAUCAUCAUGUACUAAAAGAACUAGUAUCUGAAGUGAAUGGCAAAACUAAUGCUGUUAAGUAUGUAGCACUUCUUCACGAUGAACUGAAAAUAAAACAAGAUCUUGUGUAUGAUAAAUAUACUGGAGAGUUAGUUGGUUUUAUCAAUCUUGGUCAUAUCAAUAAUGAGUUGGCAAAACUAGAGAAAUAUGGCAAUUGUAAAAAUACUAAAGGGCCCGAACUUGCUAGUCAUAUUCUGGUACUUAUGGUUCGUGAUUUGGCAUCAAAUUUCCAGAUGAGUGUGUCUUAUCAUCCAACAGAUAGUUGUAGAGCUGAUCAUCUAUUCCCUAUUAUCUGGAAUACUAUAAGUUAUCUUGAAGUAUCUUGUGGUUUGCAUGUUCUCGUGUCCACCAGUGAUGGUGCAUCCUGGAAUAGGAAAUUUUAUAGGAUGCACAGAGUCUUAGGUGCACCAAGAGAUAGUUUAGUAUUCAAGUGCAAAAACCCCUUUGCUUUUGAUGGAAGAUAUAUAUAUUUUGUAUCUGAUGUACCACAUUUAAUCAAGACCACUAGGAAUUGUUGGGCUAAUUCAGAGUCACACAGAAAGUCUAGAAGUUUAUGGAAUGGAAAUCCUAUAUUAUGGCGUCAUCUGUCGAAAUUAGUGAUUGAUGACCAGACCAGAGACAUCCAUCUACUCCAUAAAAUUGGAUAUGAUCAUAUCAACAUUACAUCAUUCUCAAUUAUGAGAGUUAAUCUUGCUGCUCAGGUGCUGAGUGAAACUGUGGCCAAUGCUAUAGAGACAUAUGGACCACCUGAUGCUAGAGAGACUGCCAAAUUUGUGCGAUAUAUGGACAAAUUUUUUGAUUGUUUGAACGUUAGAUGCAAAGAAGAAUAUCUAAGAAAGAAAAAACCUAAUCUUGCACCCUAUAGAAAUGUAAAUGACCCACGACUUAAGUGGCUUGAGCAGGAUUUUUUAAAUUAUUUUACUAGUUGGGAGGAGAAGAUUUCCCAGCGGCCUGGAAAUUUUACCAAACCUCAGAGAAGUGCCAUGUUUAUAAGCAGACAAACAAUGGAGGGUUUAAAGAUGACAGUUAAAUCAUUUGUGGAAACAACAAAGUAUCUUUUAAAUCAUGGAGUGCAAUAUUUUUUGAGUGAGAAACUUUGUCAAGACCCAUUGGAGGCACAUUUUAGUAAUCACAGACAUCGUGGUGGUGCUAAUAAUGAUCCAAAUGUACAAGCAUUUGGGUACCAAGAGAACGCAAUCAGACUACAGAAAUCGCAUCACCUUCAGUGCAUUACAGGAAACACUGGUCGACAUAAAAGAGUUCUUGAAGAAAUUAUUGACAACACCCCUCUUCGAAAAAGAUCUAGGACAGGAAAUGAGAACUCUGUAUUGUGAUUGGGUUUGUUUUGGGACAGGUACAAUAUUGACAAAACAACUCUUGAAAAAAGAACCAGGG